AUGCUGGAACUUGAAGUUGUGCCCGAAAGAUCCAUUGGUUGUGAGCAGUGGGAAUUUAUUUUAGGAAUGCAUUUUUCUCAAUCGGUAUCCAUAAUACAGUCACAAGUGGGCAUUAUUCGUGGAGUACAAGUUCUUUAUAGCGAUACGAAUCCAUUAGAAGUAGACCUAGUAAUAAAUUUACCAUACGAUGGAAUACGGCUUAUAUUUGAUCCUAUUGUUCAAAGGCUUAAAAUUAUUGAAAUUUACAACAUGAAAUUGGUUAAGCUUAAAUAUUGUGGAUUACCAUUUAAUUCGCCUGAAGUAUUGCCGUCUAUAGAACAAAUUGAACAUUCAUUUGGUGCAACUCAUCCUGGUGUUUAUGACAGUGAUAAACAGGUUUUUGUGCUCAAUUUUCGUGGCUUGUCAUUUUAUUUCCCAAUUGAUUCCAAGUUUCAACCUGGUUAUGCCCACGGAUUAGGUUCUCUACAAUUUCCGAAUGGAACAUCACCACUAGUUGCUAAAACAGCUAUUUAUGUUGGUAAUAUGGCUGCUGGAUCGGUUGGAAGUGAAGAACACUGUCUGAAGGCCCCACCUCCACCACUGCCUUUGGUUUGUUAUCACAAUAAUUUGUACUUAGAAAAAGCAGAAAUUAUAAGAGACAAAGUGCGAACGCGAGGUUUAAAAUUACAUCUAUUUACGGAAGGAAAUUCAGCAACGAGAGUUUUACUGGAACCAAAAAAACAUAAUCUUAUGAAAGAGGUAUGGUUUGGAGAUUACUGUGAAGAUGUUUUGAGUGCACUCGGAGCACCUUCACGUGUAUUUUUUAAAGCAGAAGACAAAAUGCGAAUUCACAGUCCGCAUGCACAUAAAAAAGAUAAAACAAGGCGGUCCGAUUUUUUCUACAAUUAUUUUACUUUGGGUCUGGAUGUUCUAUUUGAUGCAAAAACACAAUGUGUUAAAAAAUUUGUAUUACAUACAAACUAUCCAGGACAUUAUAAUUUUAAUAUGUAUCACCGUUGUGAGUUUACUCUUACACUACCUCCUGAAAAUAAUUCCAAUGAUUCUGGUAAACUUAUCGAUGUUAGCCCAUCUCCAAUCACGAUCACUGCCUAUACGAAGUGGGAUAAAAUAAGUGAGCAGUUAAAAGCAACGGCUCGUCCAGUAGUAUUGAAUCGUGCGUCUUCUACAAAUACGACGAAUCCCUUUGGUUGUACUUUCUGUUAUGGUAUACGCGAUGCCAUAAUUGAAAUUAAGUGUGCAUAUAUAUAA